AUGCUGAUUGCGCUCGAGGGGCGCGAUACGCUCAAGUUCCUGCAGGGAAGUGUCACGAACAAUGUCGUGACGCUCGAAGACGCACACAAGAACGGCACACCGGCGCGCGACGCAUUCUACACGGCCUUUCUCACUCCGCAGGGGCGCGUCAUUGCCGACUCGUUCCUGUACCUCUUGCCUGAUACGCAGGAGCCGUCGCUGCUCAUGGAGGUCGACGAGAAAAUCGCAAGCGAGCUGCUCAAGUUCAUCCGGCGCUUCAAGCUGCGCUCCAAGGUCAAGAUUACGGACGUGAGCAGCGAGUGGGACGUAUACCAGGCCUGGGGACCGAAUGCACAGGGCGAUCUGGGCGACGCGGCGCUCGCUUUUCGUGACGUGCGCACGCCGGACAUGGGCUGGCGUGUCCUGGCGCGCGCGGGUACCGAGGCGCCGGUGUCGGGCACGACAGUGUCGUUUGACGAGUACACGGUGCACCGCAUGCUCAACGGCGUACCGGAAGGCGCAGACGAGCUCGUGAACGGCUCGAGUUUACCCCUCGAAAGUUGUAUUGACUAUAUGCACGGAGUCGAUUUCCACAAGGGGUGCUACAUCGGGCAGGAGCUUACCGCACGCACCUACUUUACGGGCCUCGUGCGCAAGCGCGUGAUGCCGGUCGCCCUGACCAAUGUCGGCGAGACCGCCCCUGAACCUUUUACGAUCGACACCAACUGGACCGCCGUGCCAGAGCACGGCACAGACGUGCGCCUCAUUGCGGCCGAGGCCUCGAACGAAACCGAGAAUCGCCAGGGACGCUCGCGCUCCGCAGGCAAGUUUAUCGGCGGCAUCCACAAUAUCGGCCUGGCCUUGCUCCGCAUGGAGCAGGAGGAAAAAACGCACCAGGAGGAGAACGCGCCGCACCUCGCGGUCAGCGUGGAAGUGAACCCCGGUGAGACGGUCGCCGAGGGUAGCCAUGCGAUCCAAGUGGAAGACCCGAAUCUCGAGACAAUCUGGGGACCGCAAGAAAAGCCAGAGGGCCCAGAAGCGAUACCAAAUGCAAACGAUCAUACCCAUGUCCACCUGAACGCCAUGUUCAACAUGGUGCAUGCGCGGACCAAAAAAACCGAAAAGGCCGAGAAGCACCAGCACCUGGAAGAGCACGGAUUCGACGUUCCUGUCACGCUUGCUCACCUUUUCAAGCGCCCUGUCGUGCGCCAAUGGCUGUACAAAGGCAAUCUGUAUCGCGAGACGGACGAACGUAUUCCGUCGCGCUUUGAGCUUUUUUUCGACCUGAUGUUUGUCGGUAUUGCGCACAUUCUCGCGGACGGCGCGGCGGAAGAGGCGUCUGGAUUUAACGUGCUCAAGUUCAUUCUCGAAUUCUUCCCGGCGUGGAUCGUGUGGAUGGACGUGCGCACUUUUUUGAACGUGUCUGGAACGGACGAUAUCAAGGAACGCCUGGGCCUUCUUGGUAUGAACCCGGUUAUUUACCACGACCACAUCACUGGCGAUUACUGGUUCGACGAGAAUUAUACGCGAUACUUGCACGCGGCAAUCGGAUUUUACCUCGCUCUUCGCUUGUUCCGUAUCCUUCUUCGUCUCUACUAUGGAUUGAUCCUGCCCAAGUUCCGCCCAGCUAUGUGGGUAAACGCGUUUGUUUGUCUCCUGAUUUCGGGGCUCUAUCUUCCCAUCAUGUGGAUUGACGAUGCGGUCGCCGUGACUGGUUUGAUGUUUGCAGGAAUGUGUGCCGAGUUGUUUGACAGUUUCAUUGUGCUCAUUAUUCUCUGGAUUUUCAACGGCAUAGCGUUCCGAAAAGGAGGCGAAGCCUUGUUUAUCCCUGCCAUUUCGCAAGAACAUGCUAUCGAGCGCACAAUCCAAUUUGUCCUUGUCGUCGUGGGUGAGAUGAUCAUCAACUCGACCUAUGUUGCUCGUCUCACCGAGCAAGAAACCUACAUUGGCGUGAAUCCAAUGUUUGGACGAUCGGCUCUUGCCAUUGGCUGCUCGUUCAUGCUCAUUUGGCUCUACUACGAUGCGGACAGCUCGCGCACGUACCAGCACGCGCUGCGCCGCAACUGGCUUACGUCGCAUACGUUUAGCCUGAUCCACUUUCCGCUUUCUGCCAGUCUUAUUCUUGCUGGCGCAUCGCUGGCAAAGCUGAUCGAGGAUCGAGAUGGCGAGGAAGCCGCGAGUUACUUGUGGUACUGGAGCGGCAGCUGUUUCGUCGCACUGCUCUGCAUUGCUACAAUUGGUAUUUUGCACAGGAACUUGGACAAGCAUGGAAGCACGCGCCUUCCCCGUUCACUUCGCCUUUUUGUUCGCGUGGUCAUGGGAAUUAUUAUUCUCUUCUUGCCUAUGAUGCACAGCAGCACGACAGACGCGGACGGGAAAAAAGUAUCGGAGGAUUGGAAUAUUGUCGAGUUCCUUGGCGUCAACUUUGCCAUUCUCACCGCACUGGUCACUUUUGAGACCUUUGCAAAGCUCGGUGCUGUGGGGCGCCGCUACGACGACGACAAUGCGGCGCUUGUGCGCCGCGCAAAACUCACAACCCUCGCCAGGAUCGAUCCUGCGGAGCAGCAACGUAUGCGCGAAGCGCGCGCGCAUCUGCGAAGCAUGGGGGUCGUUACUUACCCUCCGCUCAUGGAAGGCGACGCGGAGAAAAGCGACGCAGAGCGCGAGCCGCUCAGACACCUGCGUCUCAAGCGCAACUUGUCGUGGCACCCGUACGACGGCCUCACGCUCGGCGAGCAAGGCGAGGAAGAUGUCGGUAUGGAAGGCGAAUUGGGCCGCCUGGAAAUGAAGGAGCUCAGCGAGGGACAGCGCUGGGCGUUUGCGACGUAG